UGGUUUUUAAAAAAUGCAUGUCAGAUAAAGUCUCUCUAAUUGCAUGCCAGCUGAAAACUCGACUCCAUCAGGCCAAUUUGUCAUCCACUAGCAUGGCCGAUGAAAAUCCCAAUUCGAGACUUAGAUUAUUCGGAUUUCCAUUGAUGGAACGCCAAGAAUUUGCAGUCAAGAGAGAGAACUUUGAAGAUCAGGAGCAAAGAAAAUUCAUGUGUCAAUACUGCCGUCGAGCUUUUUCCAACUCCCAAGCAUUAGGGGGCCACCAAAAUGCACACAAGCGAGAGCGCCAAAGAGCCAGGCGUAGUACUUCCCAGUUUCACAGUGGUCAUCAUGGGCAGUACCUCAUAGCAGCUGCGCGCGCGCCAAUUCUAAUAGCGCACGCCGUGAGAUCAGCAUCAGUACUGCCCAUUUAUUCAAGAGGACUCGUUAGCACUAGCAGCGCUGCCGCUAGCAGCUUGGAGUCACGAUCACAGGCGGCACAUGCAAGUUUUUAUCCAUUCCGGCCGCCUUUGAUUUCAUCUUUUCCUCCUCGAUUUUUGGAGGCGACCCCAGUGCAGUUUGCUUCUAAUGCACAGUCGUUGGCUGAAUUCUCAGCUGGUAAGUUGCCAGAGGGGGAGUUAGGUGCCGAUCUCCAUCUAAAGUUGUCUCCCUCUGGGUCUGGUUAAUAGUUAGAUUAGAUGAACCCUAAGGCAUGAAACCAGACCCCUUUUCGAAAAAAUCUUUGUCCUAUAUAUUUAUAUAUAUGCAUUAUUAAUUUAGAGUUUGAA